AUGCCGGUUGAUGGUCCAAGCAUUCCUGAAUGCUCCUUGAAAUAUGUCGAUAUUGCAGUAACAGCAACAGCGAAGGAUUUUGCUGGGAUCUACAGAGGAAAGCAAUACCAUGUCCCUGACUUUGACGCGGUGCUAGACCGGGCUAUUGCUGCUGGAGUCGAGAAAGUUGUCCUUACCGGUAUGUCGCUCUCUGAUGUUCACUUCAACUUGGACAUUGUAAAGUCACAUCCUAGCCAAUGCAGUAUGACCGUUGGCGUACACCCGUAUCAUGCUGCAGAAGCAGAAGCAGAAGGUUAUCUUGAAGACCUCUUCAAGCAGGUUCGCCAACUUUCUCAUGACAAUGUGAUCUCUGCAUUCGGUGAAUUGGGACUUGACUACGAUCAUCUCGAGCACGCGAGCAAAGAAGUUCAGCUGCGAACAUUUCGUCGACAGCUUGACAUGUUCAUUGAGCAUGAGUUUGAUCUGCCUCUUUUCUUGCACUGUAGAGCUGCAUUUAAUGAUUUUGUUUCCACAAUCGAGCCAUACCUUUCGCAACUGCCUCGACGAGGUGUUGUGCAUUCCUUCGUUGGCGAUACUUCGCAGAUGCAGAAACUUGUUGAAAUGGGAUUUGAUAUUAGUGUCAACGGCUUCAGCUUCCGCGAUCCUGAAGCGCUGGAGAUGGUCAGAAACAUCUCUUUACAGAAACUUCAGAUCGAAACUGACGCUCCUUGGGGUGUGAUACCUCCAAGCUCUGAGGUUGCGACACGGUAUCUGAAGAAUGCUAAGCCACUUCCACCAAGCAAGAAGAAGGACAAGUUUGAGUUGGGGAUGAUGGUGAAAGACAGGAACGAAAGUUGCACGAUUGAAAGGGUAGCAAUGGUUGUUGCUGGAUUGAAGGGUAUUACCCUGCAAGAAGUUGCUGACGCAGCUUGGAAGAACAGUGCUGCUAUGUUCAAACCACAGGCAGAUAUCUGA